GAAAUGUAAUGCAGAGUUGUUUAAAAGAACAUCAUGUAAUGUUAUUUGAUUUGUUUUCCAGGGAAAGUGAGAGGGAAGGGCACAGAGGGUUUGCCACAUCACAUGGAUGUUCCAGAAAGUUCCAGCCACUGUCUGCCCUGCCAAGAAGGCUGUGAUUUUUGCAAGGACGAUGUGCCCUGCGUGGCCUGGGGUGACGGCGCCCUGCGUAUGGCGGUGCUCUCCUUCCAGGGCUUGUGCAUGCUGGUGGAUUUCAUCAGUAUGGUGCUGCUCUACCAUUUCCGUAGGAACAAGAGUAUCAGAGCAUCAGGACUCAUCUUGCUAGAGGCCAUCUUGUUUGGAGCGAUCCUCUUGUACUUUCCGGUGGUGAUUCUGUACUUCCAGCCGAGUGUUUUCCGUUGUAUCCUGCUGCGAUGGGUUCGUCUGCUCGGAUUUGCCACAGUCUAUGGAACGGUCACCCUCAAACUCUACAGGGUUCUCAAAGUGUUCCUGUCACGUACAGCCCAACGGAUUCCCUACAUGACCAGCUGGAGAGUGUUGCGUCUACUGUGUGUCAUCCUGCUGAUUGUGUUAUGGUUUGCAGUAGCCUGGACCGCCGCUGUUUGUCAGAAUCCAAACAGACAUCUUGCUCUCAUCAAUGUGGGCCUCACCACUGAUCGGCUACAGUUCAGCAUGUGUCUGCUGGACCGCUGGGACUACAUGAUUGCUGUGGCUGAGUUCCUGUUCCUCCUGUGGGGUGUGUAUCUGUGUUAUGCAGUGAGGACCGUCCCCUCAGCGUUUCAUGAGCCACGCUAUAUGGCCAUCGCAUUGCACAAUGAGCUCAUCCUCUCUGCCAUUUUCCACAUUUUAAGGUUCACUCUUGCCCCUGAACUGCACCCAGACUGGAUGCUGAUGCUAUUCUUUGCUCAUACACACUUGACAGUGACUGUCACUUUGGGGUUACUGCUUGUGCCAAAGUUCUUGUUUGCGGGUACUCAUCUAAGGGAUGACAUUGCUACAGAGGCCUAUGAAGAUGAAUUGGACAUGGGGCGGUCAGGGUCAUACCUGAAUAGCAGCAUAACAUCAGCCUGGAGUGAGCACAGUCUGGACCCAGAGGAUAUUCGGACACCAGAGGAAAUGGGCCAGCUAUGUUCUAUUAAUGGCUGUGGCGUAAGGUCUUGCGACAGUCUUUGGGAAAAACGUACCAACGAAGAGCUGAAGAAGCUCUAUUCACAGCUGGAGAUUUAUAAGAGGAAAAAGAUGCUGGCCAACAAUCCUCACCUGCAGAAAAAGCGCAGCUCCAAAAAGGGCUUAGGUCGCUCCCUCAUGCGCCGCAUCACUGAGAUUCCAGAGACAAUGGGCCGCCAAUGUAGCCGUGAAGACAAGGACCUGGGUGAACAUGGGAGUAACCGCAACAGCAUCUGUGUCCUGAGAAAGAACCCUUUUGAGCCCACACACUCUGUUAAGCCUGCCAAAGAUGAAUCUUUGAAGAGCAAAGUUUUCUCCCUUAAAAAGUCCCAUAGCAGUUAUGACCAUGUUCGGGACCACAGUGAGGAUUCCAGCAGUUCAGUAACUGACAAGAUGGAAGUCGCAAACACAGAAGGCUCCCUUCUUGAAACCUUAAUGGGCAAGAAGCUGGUCAAAAAGUCCUGCGAGAAGAUUGAUGCAGCCAGUGAGGCAACAGAGUCAGUUCCCUUGGUGUGUAAGUCAGCCAGCGCUCACAACCUGACAGCUGAUAAGAAACCUAUUCACCCUAGGACAUCCAUGCUGCAGAAAUCUCUAAGCGUUAUCGCCAGUGCCAAAGAGAAAACACUCGGUCUAACAGGAAAGGCCCAAGCAGUGGAGGAUCCAACAAAGAAAGCUAAUCAAAAGAACAAGGAUGGCAAGACCUCAGCUGAAGCUGAAGAAAAAGAGGGUUAUCCAAAGAUGAUUGUCAGUCAGUCAGUGGAGUACAAGCAGACAGCUGCCAAAACAGGUAUAAUGAAGCCACAGAUGAGCGGAAGCCAGCCCUCCAUUUGCUCAGAAACAGCCAAGGGUAAAGACCUGUAUGACCUCUCAGAGGUGUGCCCUUGGGAAGUGGAGGACUUGCCAACCCCCUCCGAAAACAAGGUCCAGAAACAUGUGUCUAUUGCCCCCGAGCAGACCACCACAGUCCAUGGAAGUAGCAACAAGGCAACAAAGUCGCAACAGAAAAAGCAGAAAGGCACAGAGCAGUCACCCUCUGUGGCCAGACAUCCAAUCCAGAAAGUUGCUGACAGAACAGACAUAUGUCCAUGGGAGGAAGGAAAUGAGGACCAUAGUCAGGCAAUGGGGCAAAAUCCUCACUCCAGUAGUAAGCCUGCCAUGUCCCAACCCCAGGCAUCCCGAGAGGUUGCAACGGUUUUAAAAGCUGAGGUCUGUCCAUGGGACUUUGUGGAAGUGGUGGGCAAGCCAAAGGACUCGGAUUGCUCCCCUGAUCAGACCAGACCAAGAAAGGACACCACACCAACUGAGAUCAAAGGGAAAAUAAGCUCCUUGCCUACUGAAGUCAAGGGCAAGGGUACAACACCUACAGAGGGCAAAGCAAAGGGUGUUCUCUCCGAGCCUAAUAAAUCCAUGGGCAGCUCACUGCAGCCACCCUCUAAAGCAGAAGUGUGUCCAUGGGACAUUGAGACUGUGUUAGGUCCCAUCUCUGAAAAAAACCCUUGUUCUUCUCAGGUUUCUAAAACAAAGGAGACCCAUGCUAAAAAUAAGGGAACUUCUCCUAUUAGAACAUCAGAGAUGGAAAGAGAGAACACAAAGGGUCCUGAUGAUGACAAAAUUCAAUCAAACAAAAAAGACAAGUUGACCUCUGGCAAAACGAAAGAAAGACCCGCCAUCCAGUCUAAACUGGCUGAGGUUUGUCCAUGGGAUGUUGAUAGUAGUCAGGAAAUUGUCUUAAUGGAAAAACAAAAAAGCCCAAAUGUUGCAUUACCAAAAAGCAAGCAAGCAGAGGUAUGCCCUUGGGAUUUUGAAGAUGCAGCAACUAGUAAAGAAGUCAACCGGAGCAUCAGUUCAUCCACUGGCAAACAGAAAAGUUCAAAUUCCAAAGGCAGAGUUACUAGUGAUGUUAAAAUGUCAGAUGUCUGCCCAUGGGACUUUGAUGACCAAGGAACAACAAAAAAGGCAUGACAAUUUAUUGAACCAUUAGUUAGUCCUCAUUAUAUGUGCUUUUUCUUUCAUAAAUACACCAUGGAAUAAAAUCUUAUUUAUGGUGAUUUGGAGAAAAAAAAAAUCAACAUGUCGCACAAGCUGCCUUUCUCUUCAACCUUUUGUUUUCCUUUUGUGUUUUUUGGAAUAAAAAAAAAAAAAAUGUGACAACUCACCAGGCAUUCCAGAUUUUAAAGUAUUGGUUGAACCUUUAAAUAGAAACGGUAGUUUACAAUUAUGCAACUCUUUAUGUGCAAUGUAAACAAGAUGCCUAUACGCACUACGUGUAUCCUCAUUAACAUUUAAACUCUCAUAAUAGUUGCAUCUGUAGCCUCCUUGACUGUGGCUUCCACAAAAGAUUGUACAAAUACCUGUUACAUAGGAAAGUGUGGACAAUGCAUGUGUCAAGUGUCAUGGAGAAAGCCUGAUCCAUUUCCUUGUUUUAUUUUGUUUCAUACAUUACUGUCUGGUUUGAGUAAAAAUGAUUAUUUGCCAAAGAUAGAGGUAAAAUCCAAUAAAUCUAAGCUAUCAAACCUCAACAGCAAAAUAGAGAAACUACAUUUGUACAGUGAGCCGAAUUCAUGCGGCUGCUAGAAAAUUAGCCUGUAGCACUUUAAUAAAGAACAUAUUUAGAAAGACAGACGUAAACUGGACAUAGUUCUAUUCAUAUUUCCCCUUGUUUGUUUUUUUGGCCUUGUUGUUUUAUGCUGUUCUGCAGUGAGAUCAUUUGUAAACAUCUGCAACAUUUUUUAGUUUUCUUGACUAGAAAAAAAAUAAAAAAUAAAUACUAGAAAAAAAAACCUAACAUUUCCAAUGCUUCCAAAUUUGCUGAUAUAUUAUCCUGAAUGUGCCUAUUUAAAUAGUCCUGUACCAGUCUUACAUUGUAUUGGGAGAUGUGAAACCUUUGUCAUAGCCCAUGUUACAAAUACUUACUGAAACACUUGAUGAAAAUCAGCAUCUUAUUUUUGAAAAGAAAUGGUUUAGUUUAUAUAUUAGUAAUGUUGCAAAAUUGUAAAUGCUUUUCAAAUGGGGUACACUAUGAAAAAAAAAAAAGGUCCACUACUCAAUUCAUGGGACCAUAGAUAUUGUUUCUCUCAGCGUAGUGCACAAUCAUUAAGGUUUCUGCCUCUAAUGUCUUUCCUUUUUGUCUUUUAAAAUUAGAACACUCAUGACAAUGUAUGAAAUAUCAAAUUUCAGUCUAUCCUAUAUCAAAUUCUAACCCAAGCCUCAAUUUCUUUAACAUGUAUCUCGUAUACAUUUUAUGAUGAUUAGUUUACAAAUAGAAAUCUUGCUCUUACCAUAUAGUUUUUUUGUUUUUUGUUUUUUGUUUUUUGGAAAAUGCAAUGAUUUCUUAGAAGAACAUAAUAAAACAUCCCCAGUGACCAAUGAAGUGAAUUCAACAAUGUAUCUAAUUUACUGUUGGAAUGUUAACAUAUCUUGUUUGCCUUCUCAGCACAAGGUCAUUUGUAAUGAUGUCAAAGUAAAGGUGUAACUACACAUAAGGCAUGAACUAUUGUACAGGAUGAUGCCUAUUAAUGAAAUGUUCACAUAAAUGUCGACAUAUUGCAAUUGCAAAUUAUUUUGACCCAAUUCUACAGUAACUGAAUGGUUUUAAAUGUGUUGACAGAUUCUUGUGUACAGAAUACAGAAUAAAUGGUUAUACCAUGUAUAUAUAUUAUAGCUACCAAAGAGGUUUUAAAAAAAAAAAAAAAACUAAAUACAUAAUUCUUGACAUUCUGUAAAAAUCAAAUGGUGCCACACUCCCAUUUCUCCACAGUGGAUUAAAUUUACCAAUGACUUCUGGAUCACAAUUUAACUUAUAAAACUCAUAUCAUAUUAUAAAACAUAUCUUCCCAUGCUUAUAUUUGGGUCAUUCCUGUUCUGCAGUAAUUUCUUAUACGUUCUUUCAUAAAUAUGUUCUGGUCAGGCUUGACAUGAUUAAUUAUCACUAAACUUUAAGUAAAAAUAGCUUGAUUAUUUGCUCAGUGGAAUUUAAAUGAAAAGAACAGAAAUCAUUUUAAAAUGCAGAUAUUAUACUACCAAAUUCAAACAGCAAAGAAUGUUUCAAAGUGAGAUAAACCAACUAAUACCACAAAACAUCACAGAUGAUUCAUCAGGUCUAUUGCUAAUACUCACUGGCAAUGAUGACCUGGCUUUAUUGACGUUGAAUUUGGCUAUACCUAUACCAACUACAAACAAUAUAAUAAAUGCAACUUUGUUUGAAAUUUUUGGAUUUGAGGACUUAGAAAAAGCACCUGGAAUGUUUUUCUAUAAAAACUCCUUGAAGAGUGUUUUUUACCAAAUUUAAAGGGAUAGUUCCCCCCAAAAAUGAAAAUUCUAUCAUUAAUUACUCACCCUCAUGUCGUUCCAAACC